AUGAGCAGCCCAUUAAGUGAUACACCGAGUUUAACCGUUAAGGACAGCACUGAUACUUGGCUGCAGAAGAAUGCACGCCAGCCUCUCUUAUCCAAGACCAUCAGUGAACACAGAGAGGAUGACUUUCGAGAGGAGCCCCUGCUGCCGCCAUCGAAGGGCCUGACAACUGCCGAAGUCGAGGAUCUCUUGCAGCAAUACGGCCGAAAUGAAUUACCCAAAAAGAAAACACCCAGUUGGCUGAUAUUUGUGCGUAACUUAUGGGGUCCUAUGCCUGUUGCUCUCUUUAUUGCCUUUAUUGUUGAGUUUGCUUUGCAAUACUGGGCAGAUGGCGCUAUUCUCCUUGUUAUUUUCAUUAUCAAUGCCAUCAUCUGCGGAUACGAGACGUUCCAGGGAGGCGACGCUGUUGCAGCGCUGAAGAACUCAUUGAAGCCUGUGGCCACGGCAUUCCGUGACGGGUCAUGGCAACAAGUUGACGCUAGGCUAUUGGUGCCCGGUGACCUGGUGAAACUUGCAUCGGGCUCUGCGGUGCCAGCUGACUGCAGCAUCAACGAAGGUGUGAUCGAUGUGGACGAGGCAGCACUGACUGGCGAGUCGCUCCCUGUGACUAUGGGAACGGAUCACAUGCCUAAGAUGGGCUCGAACGUUGUGCGUGGCGAGGUGGAGGGAACCGUUCAGUAUACUGGCCAAAGUACGUUCUUCGGCAAGACAGCAGUCCUGCUUCAGUCUGUGGAGUCUGAUCUUGGCAACAUCCACGUGAUUCUGUCUCGCGUGACGUUGAUACUGGCAAUUUUCUCUUUCGUGCUGUGCCUUAUUUGCUUCAUCUACUUGUUGGCGCACUUCAGCCAAAGCUUCCGUCAUGCACUGCAGUUUUCUGUGGUCGUGUUUGUUGUGUCGAUUCCUAUUGCGCUUGAGAUUGUCGUGACGACAACGCUCGCGGUGGGCUCAAAGCAUCUAUCAAAGCACAAGAUCAUUGUGACGAAGCUGACUGCUAUUGAGAUGAUGUCUGGUGUGAACAUGCUGUGCUCUGACAAGACUGGUACGCUGACGCUUAACAAGAUGGAGAUCCAGGACCAGUGCUUCACCUUCGAGGAAGGCUACGACCUGCAGUCUGUGCUUGUGAUGGCUGCACUUGCGGCGAAGUGGCGUGAGCCGCCGCGCGAUGCUCUGGACACGAUGGUGCUGGGUGCGGCGAACCUGGACGAGUGCGACAACUACACUCAGACCGA